ACCCCUCAUGCGUUGUCCAGUUUCUAUACUUUGAUUCUUGAGACGGAAAGCUCAGCGUGUUGUUUAUUUCCAAUUCAAGGCUCCUUGUUACAUGAAAGACUAGUCUGUUAUUCAAUGCCCAUAUUGUUUAUCUGAACGCCUGGCGCGGACAGAUAUCGUUACUAUAGAACAGAGAUCUUGCUUGUGAUUUGAUAUUCUUUGCGACCGUCAUCCUCACUUUUGAGUACAAUAUGGCCUCUUUCGUUGCGGACCUUUGGUCCAGUGUAUUCACUCCUGGCCCAACACCCACUCUCCUCGUGGCCACCAACGCAACGUUCGCUGCACUACAACUCGUUCUCUUCCUCCUUCUCAUCGCCACUUACAGUAUCCAUUUUGUGGUUCUCUCAUUCCUCUCUGGAGCGCUGUGGUGGUCCAUUAAUUGGUUUGCCCGGGAAGUGCGGCAAGAACAAGCACGUCAAGAGGCAGAAAAAAGAAAACAAGAGGCUUUGGAACAGGAAGCAUCCGAAUCGAAUAAAUUGAAUAGCUCGGCAGAUGCUAAUGACUCCGAGACCGAGACGGAGAUUGGAGGAGUGUCGAAAACCAGAAGACGUCGAGUCAACCAGCCCGAAAUUGCGAGCCUCUCCCCAGCAAGUGCAUUGCAAUCGAAGAAACCUGGCGAUAAGGACGGUCAGGGGAAGACUAUCGAGGGGGAGAAUUCCGGUUAUACAAGCACAGAUAGUGAAUGGGAGAAAGUGGACAAAGACAGGUCAACAUGAUCAUCUUCCAGAAGUACAUUGACAAGAUUUCAACCUCUGUCAGAAGCGGAACUUGUUCUAUGCACCACCUCGUGAAACUUAGCACCUUUAUACCCCUGUCGUAUUUUGUUUGGUUAAAUUUGUUAUUCCGUACAUCGUGUUGUAUCCGAGUCCUAUCAGCCAAAGAUCUACCAAAUGUCGCAUAGAUUUGAGACGAAACAUAUUUAUAUGACC